UCCUACGGUGUGGUGGUAGAAUCCAGCCAGAUCUACGCGUCUAUAUCCAAUACGAAUUGGGCAAUAGUAAAUAAACAGCAAUACAGCGAGUCGAAAAGUGAUUUUUCUGAGCGUGUGCAGCCAAUAAAGUGAUUUCGAUCGGCCCGAGCGCAGUAUGCAACAUCCUGCGGCGAGCCUCUGACCCAACGAACUGAACGUAUAAAACGCAAAAACAAAGCCCACACUUUUGGAUACUUCAAGUUGAAAGCCAAGGAUUAGCCUGAGGAUAACUGACUAGCUAUCAUCAUGAGUAUGAACUACCACAACUACAACAGCAGCUCGCGAUUCGAAAUGGUCGUGGAGAUAGCCAAUAUCGCGCUGGAUGAGUUCAAGACCCAUCACAUAACGCGCAACUACACGGGCCUCGUGCAGCGCUACUACCAGCUGGUGGAAGAGGAUUACGGCGAUCCGCGAGCAACGCGCUUCCCGCUGAUGGAGCACCCGAUGUUCACCUUUGGCAUGGUGGCCGUCUACUUGUCCUGGGUCCUGGUCAUAGGACCACUGUUCAUGCGCGAUCGCAAGCCCUUCCAGCUGCGCCGCACGCUGGUCGUCUACAAUGCCUUCCAGGUGGCCCUCAGUGGCUAUAUGUUCUACGAGCACCUAAUGGCAGGCUGGCUGAACUACUACAAUCUGAAGUGCCAACCGGUUGACUACUCCGAUAGUCCCAGUUCCAAGCGGAUCGAAACUCGCUCAUCCCCAAUCAAAUUUCUAUUUCGAGAGGCACGCGUGGACUUAAGGAGUUUAUGGUCUCUAUUAUAUAAUUUGGCAUUUGUCAUUUGGCCGGUUGAUGGUUGGUUGUCGGUUGUUGGUCGGUCUUUGUUUUCGCCUCACCUUGCCGGGUUCAUCUUCCGCAGUUGGCUAGCAAGUUCGUUGCCUCUGUUUUGUGAUGACUCACUGACUCCGGCAGACUCGAGAGCCAUUUAGCUAGCCCGUAAAGUUCAGCUCAAAGCCACUUUUUUGACCAGUCAUAGAGCAGAUAUGAAAACAACCACAAAUAAAGUGUUUUUAAUUAUGUCUCCGCGACAGCACAAAGUUCACAUUCAAAUUUAGUGAGCGUGUCAAUUAAAUGGUCAGCUUCUUAAUCCAAAUUCUACCCCUAAUGGCUUUUCGACCAGCCAUUUGUUACGCCUGCCCAUCGAUUAUAUUCCCUUUUCCCAGGCCACUCAGCAUAAACAAUUAAUGGCAGUCUGAAGUUAAAUGCACAAUUUUAGGCCAAUUUGUUUUUGUACCGCGAAUGGGGCUUAAAUGCUAGCAGAUUUGUAAAAAAAGCUAAAACCAACUUACCGAUCUUUCAAUACUCUAAAUUUGAUUUAAAGAUUGCAGAUUAAAUAUGAAUACUACUUUCUCAAAGUUUUCAAAUGUUUUCUAGCGAAGCAGCAUUGGAUCUACUUAAUUUUUUAUUUUUUCUCACUUACCAAACCUAUAACCUUUUCCUCAUUGGAAUCUUUUAUUCUUGUGUUAAUUUACACCGAAAUCAAUCGAAUUUUCAUAGAGGGUAUACGAAUUGCAAGCAUUUAAAGCCUCCAACAUUACGGUCAGAAAAAUAUUAGAGACAGCCACACCCUCAAGGCUGUUGUACUAUUGGUUAGUUUACAAUCAAAUUAACAACAUUUGAAGUGGCUCUAAACAGUUCGGCUUGCUCAGCCGUUUGUUUGCAAUCGGAAUUGUACUUGUGGUCUGUUUGAGCUUUAAAUCAAUAGAGCAUAAAUUCUGUGAAUUACCACUGACCACGCCGGACCUUUUCCUACACACUCAUUGAUCGAUUUCACAUCCGCAACGAAAAGCUCCAAAAAGCCAAGAGAAAUAUAAAACCCACCGAGCCCCAGAGACAAGUCAAUAAACUCCGGUGGACCCUAGAGUCAUUAGCGUCUGUCAUCUAGUUUUAUGGUCAUUUCCAUAAGUCCACGGCGCCUUAGCGAAGUCAUAAAAGUCAGCAUUGUUUGCAUUGCGCAUACGCAGCGUGCGCCCAAACGUUUCACUUGCAAACAGAACAGCUGAAUUCUUGCUCGGAAAAUGAAAACAAAAGUGUUUGCUUGGGUAUUCCAAGCGAGAAACGAAACAACGCGAAACGAAACUAAAGAGGCGGCGGAACGAAAACUCUGUCAAUGUCAUUGCGCAAGUUCUUCUUCUGCGGUUUCUACGCUAAUUGGCCACGUUGCUCGGUGGGCGCGAAUUGCAUAACGACCUUGCUAGGUCAACCGCACUGAUACCCCCUUCUCCCACUCCCACCCUCUCUCACCGCCUCAUCCCGCA